AAUGAUGCAGUGAAUUUUGAUUUCCCUCACUUAAAAUCUCUCGUUAAAAUUUGUUUAAAGUUUCAUGAGCUGAUAAACAUGAAUUGUUCAGUUAUUGGUUGUUCCAAAUACAGUCGAAAAGACAGUAUUCGAUUUUUCACCUUUCCCGUGAAUCCAAUAACCCGACGGAAAUGGAUUGAUUUUUGCAAACAUGACAAAUUUGUUUUUCGGGUAGGAAGCCGUAUCUGCGAGGAACAUUUUGAAGCGACAUGUUUCAGAAUAAAUAACAAAGGAAAAUCAAUGAAGAUCAAAGGCACAAUACCGACAUUGAAGCCUCCCAUUGUGGACCAGGACCAGGAUUGCGAUACACAGUUCAUUACACCGGAUCAUGAUUAUGCUAGUUCAGAGGAAGAAGAUUCCCGAUAUUCCCGUCAGAGCUCUGCAAACUUCAUCAGAAGUGACCAUAUGACCGUGUCAAAAAUGUCGUUAAAAAGUUGUGGCUCUAAAAUUCUCAAGAUGCAAAGGCAAAUAAAGUUAUGGCGUCAAAAAGCUAACUACUGGAAAACUAAAUUUAUGCGUGUCAACAAAUUAUUACAAAAGCAAUCAAAAUUGAAAAAUUUGAGCAACUACGGUAGAAUCAAGAAGGAAAAAGACACCGCAUUUCAAAAAUGCUUUGUGAAAAGUUUGGUUCUUUCGAAGAAUGCGGGCCUGUUUUUAGAAGAAAUGGACAUUUACGAUGAUUAAGAGGAAUUAAGGUGACUUUUAUAAAUGCGGAUCAGCAAAUCACCAGAAAUGCGGAUAACUGG